AUGGAGCUCAGCCUGCUCCUCUUUCUUGCUCUGCUCUCGGGACUCUUGCUUCUCCUGGCCAGAGGCCGCCCAAAGGCCCAUGGCUGCCUCCCACCAGGCCCCCAUCCUCUGCCCUUCCUGGGGAACCUUCUGCAGAUGGACAGAAGAGGCCUGCUCAAAUCCUUCCUGAGGCUCCGAGGGAAAUACGGGGAUGUCUUCACGGUGUACCUGGGGCCACGGCCAGUGGUCAUGUUAUGUGGGACAGAGGCCAUUCGAGAGGCCCUGGUGGACCAGGCUGAAGCCUUCUCUGGCCGGGGGAAAAUCGCUGUUGUUGAAGCAGUCGUCCAGGGAUACGGCGUGAUCUUUUCCAACGGGGAACGUUGGAAGGUUCUUCGGCGAUUUUCUCUGGCCACCAUGAGAGACUUCGGGAUGGGAAAGAGGAGCGUGGAGGAGCGCAUUCAGGAGGAGGCCCAGUGUCUGGUGGAGGAGCUGCGGAAAUCCCAGGGAGCCCUCCAGGACCCCACCUUCUUCUUCCACUCCAUCACUGCCAACAUCAUCUGCUCCAUUGUCUUUGGAAAACGCUUCGCCUACAGGGAUGCCGAGUUCCUGCGGCUGCUGGACAUGUUCUACCAGUCCUUUGCCCUCAUCAGCUCUUUGUCCAGCCAGGUGUUCGAACUCUACUCCAGCUUCUUGAAGUACUUUCCUGGCACACACAGGCAAAUCUACAAAAACAUGCAGGAAGUCAAGGCCUUCAUCAUCCGCAGUGUGGAGAAGCACCGUGAAACCCUGGACCCCAGCGAACCCCGGGACUAUAUCGACACCUACCUACUCCGCAUGGACAAAGAGAAGUCCAACCCCAAGAGCGAGUUCCACGAGCAAAACCUCAUCAUCAGUGUCCUGUCGCUCUUCUUUGCCGGCACCGAGACCACCAGCACCACUCUCCGCUAUGGAUUCCUGCUCAUGCUGAAAUACCCCCACGUCGCAGAGAGAAUCCACAAGGAGAUUGACCAGGUGAUUGGCUCGAAUCGCCCUCCAGCCCUGGAUGACAGAGCCAAAAUGCCGUACACUGACGCAGUCAUCCAUGAGAUUCAGAGAUUUGGGGACCUCAUCCCCAUUGGUGUGCCCCACGUGGUCACUAAAGACACUCACUUCCGGGGGUACAUCCUCCCCAAGGGCACGGAAGUAUAUCCCAUCCUGAGCUCUGCUCUCCAUGACCCGCGUUACUUUGAAAAACCAGAUGCCUUCAACCCGGACCACUUUCUGGAUGCCAAUGGGGCACUGAAGAAAAAUGAAGCUUUCAUGCCCUUCUCCACAGGGAAGCGUAUUUGUCUUGGCGAAGGCAUCGCCCGCACCGAAUUAUUCCUCUUCUUCACCACCAUCCUCCAGAACUUCUCCGUGGCCAGCCCUGUGGCCCCUGAGGACAUUGACCUCACUCCCCGGGAGAGCGGGGUGGGCAAAUUGCCCCCAUCGUACCAGAUCCAGUUCCUGCCCCGUUGAAGAGGAUGAGGGAAGGGGGUGCAAGGAUGCCAGGGUCACGUGAGUCCCCACUUCUGCAGAGAAUGGCACCUUGACUCUCUCCCCGUCUUCCCACCUCUGAGGAUGCUGUGCUGUGAACCAGUGUCCUUCCCGUCCUGGGUUGCCACCUCCAUGGGAAAGUUGCAUCCGCAGUCUCACCUGCUUCUAUCCUUCUGCAGCUCUUCUAAAACUCAAUGACAUCCUUUCUUUCCCCUGUUAAGAGAAUUCCAGAAGUGGUGUAUAUAUAGGGAACGGGCCUAAAAUGGGAAACUUGCCUUUCCAAUAAGGACCUCUCUGCAGUUCUGCCUCUAAGGCCACAGCUCACCCUGAGUGACUUCUCCCUUCCUCAGAACAACCAGAGCCUCCUUUCCUCAACCCCCAGGGCUCCAUGAUCUGUGCGGACAUGAGCUCACUUGAGUCCUCCUUCCAGUAGCCCCAUGUGAUGGGUGCAUUUGAUCAUGUCCAUUUUCAAGUUGAGGAAACAAAGGCCAGGCAAUGGCCAGAGUUGUCCCAGGUCAGCUGGCUAGUGAGUGCAGACGCAAGAUUCACACUCUGUCUCCCUGGCUCUUGAGCUCAAACCUUUCCCACAGCUCCCUUCUGCCCCCAACAUAGAGUGUAACAUUAAGAGGAAGUCCACAUCAUGUGUAACUGAACAGUUUCAAGUGUAUUUAGUUCAUUCCCAAUGCAUGCAGUCACCACCACUAUCUAGUUCCAAACAUUUUCAUCACCCCAGAAGCAAACGCCUUUCCCUUUAGUGGUCAUUCCCCAUUUCCCCUUCCCCUCAGCCCCUGGCAACACCAAAUGCUUGCUGUCUCCAUGGAUUUACCUAUUCUGCAUAUUUCUUAUAAAUGCAUCAU